AUGACAACAACGACAGAAUUUUCAUUGACCACUUCGUCCAAGCGUCGACAAAUUAUGAUUAUUACUGGUGAUGAAGAUGUUCUUAAACAGAUUCGAAUCAGUAGUACGACAUCAGAAGUUGAACCCAUUCUAGUCGAAUUUAGCAAUGCUACUCAAGAUACUUCUCAUUUAACGGUAGUUGAAAUGCAAGCAUUAGUAAAACGGAAAAAGUCAAAUUCAAGAACGUUGACAUGUGUCGUCUGUGGUGGAAUAGCACAUGGCUAUAAUUUUGAUGCAAUUACUUGUGCAAGUUGUAAAGCAUUCUUUCGUCGUAAUGCACACAAAGAUCCGGAAAAGCUCAAAUGUGAAAGUAAUCAAAAUUGUAAAAUCAGUUUUGCGUCAGAACGUCGUUGCUCAGCAUGUCGUCUAAUCAAAUGUCUCAAUAGUGGUAUGCGACGAGAUCGACUUUUGACUGAUGAACAACGAGCAGCUAAACGUCGUAAAAUUGAAGAAAAUCGACAAGUCACAUUGAAUUUGCAUAGUAACAAAUCUGUACCACCGGUAGGUACUGUAUUUGUCCAUAAUAGUAAAUAUGAUUGUUAG